GAAAUGUUUAGGAAAACUGUAAAUGUUUUAUGACAAUAUGUUGUAAAAUGAAGUUUUAAAAUGAUUGGUAUAUAUUUUUAUAUUUUGAAACAGAAAAGUACUUGCUUGUAAAAUAGUGUGAAUAAAAGAUCUAUUAAUGAAACGAAUGUGACCAAAAUGGAGAACUAUACGUUGACUGUGUGUGACGAAAAAUUAACAAACAAUUCGUAUAAUACAAGUUCUUCAGAUAUAUAUAUUGCAGAUUGUCUUGCUCUGAAAUGUGUUCCGGUCGUGGAAUGCACGAAAUACAUAGAACAACACGUGACACCAGGUGUAAUAGAAUGGAUUAUUAUUUCAAUAUAUAGUGUAAUAUUUUUGGUAGGAUUAAUUGGAAAUGGACUGGUUUGCUUUGUGGUAAUUAGAGUAUCUCAUAUGAGAACAAUAGUGAAUAUAUUCAUCGUCAAUCUAGCUGUUGCCGAUUUCUUGGUGCUUCUUGUUUGCAUGCCGCCGUCGGUACUGGCAGAUACGACGGAAUCAUGGUACUUGGGUGACUUGAUGUGUAAAAUAGUGCCUUUUCUACAGACAGUUUCUGUGUCAGUGUCCGUUCUGACCUUAGGCGCUAUUGCUGUUGAAAGAUACUUUGCUAUUUGUCAUCCACUACGCCGCCGGCUGAACUCACUAACAGUGACUCUUGUUAUUGUUGCCAUAUGGAUAACCGCAAUUUGCGUAUCACUCCCGGAGCUACUGUAUCAAAGACUGAACCGUUGGUUUCCGGAAUAUGUAACGGAUUAUUUACAGUUCUGCCAGCAAAAUUUGUCAAAAGAGAAACAAAAGUAUUACCAUAUUUUCCUCAUGAUUGGUCUCUACGAUGUGCCAAUGUGUCUUAUCUUCUUCGCAUACUCAACUAUAGCGUUAAGAUUAUGGAAGGACAAUUUCGCAACAAAGUCAUCCAAUGGGCGCUUGAAUGCUGGAAGGAGACCUCAAUUUUCUGCAUCCAGACCAGAGAGUCAGCUACCUGCUCGGAGGAAAGCUGCGAAAAUGCUUAUGACCAUAGUUGUACUGUUUGGACUUUGUUACCUGCCUAUUCAUAUAUUCCAAAUUUUAAGAUACAAUGGCAACCUCUAUGAACUGGAUGAUUCGGUUGUUACCACGUAUGCUUUAAUUGCUCGUGGACUGUGUUACCUGAAUAGCGCGCUCAAUCCAAUUAUAUACAAUUUCAUGAGCGCAAAAUUCCGCCAAGAGUUUCGAGCAGCAUUCAGUAAAUGCCAUGCGCCAUUCCAAGAUCAAAUAAAAACACCAGUGAAUGUAUAUAACUUUCGUAUUACACGUACACACGGACAAACCCGGUCAGAGAGAUAUUCUAUGAAUACAUAUACGACAAGGCAAAAUUGGAACGUUAACAAUACUGGAAGCUCAAAACGAUCACAAUUUUGAACUAUUGAAAUCAAAUAUUCCAAUAUUAAACAAAACAUAUUACUUUUUUUGUGUAGUACGACAUUCAUUAUGUAUUUAAUUGUUGUAAACAUAUUUUGUGAAUGGAAAUGUUAUACUCUAUGAAUGUUUUAAGAUCAGUUGUAUCAAUAUUAAGAAAUAACAAAUGUUACAAUAUUUAAGAUUUUAUUGGCCCUUGCUAGCAUUACCAGAACGUAAUACUGAAUAAAUAGAUUAAUGUUGAAAAUGCGUUAGAAAUUAAAUAUUGAAAUAUAAAGAUCUUAAUGUAUUGCGAUGUGUAUGCAUUUGACUUCCCUCGAAGGUUUCUUUUAAGAUACUCUAUUGUUUUCGUCAGUCGAUUAGCGUAUUAAACCUUUAUUUAAUUAAAGUUUAAUAACAAACCAGUGAGUUCAUAAACUUAACAUUUUUAUUGAUAAACUAAACUUUCAAUGUGAUCAACCACAUUAUCAGAAUUAUUUAUUUUAACUUUUACUUUGAAUGAAUGGGUGUAAAUGUUUUACAUUAUUUUAUAAGUAUUUCUACACCUUUGUAAACAACAAGUGAGCAUUCAUGAUCAAUACUCGUGUUAAACUUCACGUUGUUGUUAUGUUGUCAUAUGUUCUUAAAAUAUAUAUACAUGUUUUAAUAGACCUAUUACCUCCAAAUAAAUAUUAGCAAAUGGACAUUUUAUUUCAAUUAUUGCAGCCGAUGGUAGGCAAUAACAGAAGAGUAUAGAGCACAUACAAAAUUGCAAAUCGUGCUUUCUCGUAUUUAUAUGUGUAAAAAUAUCGUAGAAGGAUAAUAUCUUAUAAAGUAAGAUAAAUAUAUCAGAGUUUAGAUAUUUAAUUUACAUUUUUUAAUAUAUGUUUAUUUGUUUGACAAUUUAAUCACUUUUUAUUGAAGUGCAUGAAAUGAAAAUUCAAAUGAAAAUUCUGUAUUUAUAUAUUAUUAAUUUUUGUUAGAAAAAUAUAAAAAAAAUCGUUUUUCCAUCAAACUUGUAAUUUAAAAGGUUUUGCUUUUCUUUUUUAUGUGAACUAUUUUCAUUGAACACGACUUUGUAACUAUUGUUUCAUAGCGACCAAUUCAUUUUUUCUGUCGUAAAUGUAUAAAUGAAUUUUGUUGUGCUCACGUUUUAUGUAUAAGUUGUAAAGAUUUUCGAUGUUUAUCUUGUUAAAAAUAUACUAUGUAUGUUUACAUUAAACUGAUGGAAUAAGUACAAAAAUAAAAUCCAAGUUAUAAGUAACAUAUAGAGUAUCUGAUGAUGGAUGAAUCCUAUUAUUGUUUGAACUUGUUCUGGCUUAUUAUAAUAAAAGGUCAUGUUUAUA